UCAUUCGACAUUUUUCAAGCGCCUGUCGACUUCGUGAGAUUUACAAACAAGCACACUCUUUACGAGAUUCGUUGGAUAACCGUAAUACAAUGGCACUCGGAGGUCGUGCCGGAUUUCGUGGAGGAUCUAGGGGGAGAGGCGCGUCUCGUGGGAGGGGAAGAGGAAGAGGGAGAGGGAAAGCUGUGGCGCAACAACCGCGGAGUGCCCGUUUUGAUAACGCACGGUUGGCUGAAAAGGAUGAAUCUGGGAGCGAGGUCGGGAUUGCCUCCGAAGCGGAAUCAGAUGUCAUGGAAGUGGACUCGGAUGAGGAGGAUGAGGAGCAAGCCAAGCAGCCUGCUCAGCCCUACAUGAGUCUGAUGCGUAGUCUGGUUGAAAGUGCUCCUCACAAGGCAAAGCGGCGAAAGCUGGAUCAUACAGCGUCUGAGCACAAGGAGACCUCUGAAGCACAACCGGCGCCAGAACCCGUCGAGGAUGAGGAGAAUGCGGAGGACCGGGAUAUCGACUUAGUCGAGGAGCCAGAAGAAGAUCCUGCGGCUGCACCACCUGAGGACUUGUUCGAUGAGGACGAUGACCUGGACAGCUCGGAUCCGUUUGAAGUGCACUUUGCCGACCCCAAGGACGAGGAGUUGCAGCCCAAACUAAAGGCAAUCCAGACGGGCAAGUGGCGUACAGAACGGAUAGUAACCAAAUCGACAAGAGUCUUCCUCAACACUCCCGACACUGGCGAUGGUGAAGGGAAGUCAUUGCCGGCAACGAUGUCCGCCCUCUCAGAUCUCAAGCUCAAGAAGAGAUUGCAAGAGACUAUGGCUUCAAAGCAUCCCAAGUUCGACCAGGUCGAGCAGACAAUAGCGCCACACCUAUUCAACUACCAGGAUCUCCUCUACUGCAACCGAACAGUCUCUGGCUCUCAGGGCAUCAGACGAAUGGCCUGUCUGCAUGCUCUCAACCACAUUUACAAAACACGCGACCGGGUCAUCAAAAACAACGCCAGGCUAGCCAGAACCGAGAACGAUGAGGACUUGGAGCUGAGAGACCAGGGUUUUACACGCCCCAAGGUGCUUAUGAUCCUUCCGACGAGGCAAUCCUGCGUCAGAAUGGUCGACAUGAUGGUCUCCAUCUGCCGGCCGGAUCAGCAGGAGAACAGAAAGCGUUUCGAGGACGGAUACGUCGACAAGCAAUCCAAGUUCUCAGACGGCAAGCCCGACGAUUUCAAGGACCUCUUCUCGGGCAACGACGACGACAUGUUCCGGUUAGGCAUCAAGUUCACUCGCAAGACGAUGAAAUACUUCUCGCAAUUUUACAACUCGGACAUCAUCCUCGCCAGCCCGCUGGGUCUCCGCAUGGCGAUCGGCUCAGAAGAGGAGAAGAAACUCGACUUUGACUUCCUCAGCUCGAUCGAGCUGGUGGUCGUCGACCAGGCAGACGCCCUCCUGAUGCAGAACUGGGAGCAUGUCGAGUUCAUCUUUGAGCAUCUCAACGUCCAGCCCAAGGACGCACACGGCUGUGACUUCAGCCGCGUCCGGAGCUGGUACCUCGACGACCAAGCCAGAUACUUCCGCCAGACCGCCAUCUUCAGCGCCUUCAACACGCCUGAGCUGGCCGAGCUGCUGCGCGCGCACUGUCACAACUGGGCCGGGAAGGCGCGCCUGCAACAGGAAUGCCCGGGCGUGAUCCAGUACCUGGGCGUGAAGGCGCGCCAGACGUUCAGCCGCUUCGAAGCGACCUCGAUCGCGGCCGACCCGGACGCGCGGUUUGCCUACUUCACCAAGGCCAUCGUGCCGAUGCUAACCAAACACAAAGCGCGCGACGCGGGCGGCACGCUCAUCUUCAUCCCGUCCUAUCUCGACUUCGUCCGCGUGCGCAACUACUUUGCGAACAACCCGACGGUGGCGAACGUCAGCUUCGGGACCAUCUGCGAAUACGCCGACGUGCCCGAGGCGUCGCGCGCACGGUCGCACUUCCUGAACGGCCGCCACAAGGUGCUGCUGUACACCGAGCGCGCGCACCACUUCCGGCGGUACCAGAUCAAGGGCGUCAAGCGGGUCGUCAUGUACGGGCUGCCGGACAACCCGCUGUUUUACCGCGAGAUUGCGGGCGGGUAUCUGCAGAAGAGCGAGCAGGCGCUGCUGUUGGAGCACGGGCAGGGUGUGGUGAGAGUGAUGUUCUCCAAGUACGAUGUGAUGAAGCUGGAGAGGAUCGUGGGAACGACGAGGGUGGGCAAAAUGAUUCACGAGCAGGGCGAUACCUUUGACUUUGUCUAGUUAGAGAUUGUGGCGAAGAGUUCAACUUGGAUAUACAGUGGCGCAUCGUUUCCCUUGACGCCCCGGAAAAACCCAAGAACAAGACAAGUCCAUGCUCCCAUAAUGUACAA